UUACCUCUUCGAUAUGGCAUCAUACAUGAAGAAGGUUGCUGAAGGACCACUGGGAACCGGCAAGGCUUUCAUAUGCCUGUCGCUGUUGAUGCUGCUCGUGCUGUCAUCUGGAAAAAUGGGGUCGCAUGGCUGCGAAAAGCGGAAGAGCGGGAGGUGGACCAACGACACUUGCAUCAUAGCAGGCACCUGCAACGGGCCCUGCCGGGACGAGGGUUUCGACAACGGCCAUUGCCAUAACACCUGGGAAUGCAUCUGCUACAAGAACUGCGGCUUAUCCCUCCAACCACCGCAUGCAUGAACGAUCGGCAUGUACUCCGACUAAAAUAAAUUAAUAAGUUCUAUUCGUGGCAUAAAAGCAACUCCAACGGGCCGACCCAACGGACGAAAAUUUCGUCCGCUUUUUGUCCGUUUGGGUCGGCCAGAUGGACACGGAUGCCCGCUUCCGCAUUUGGGUCGGCGCGUGCGCCCAACACUGGCCUGAGACCUAUUUUGACGGUGCCAAAAAAUGA